GCCAUCUGUGGAGGAGCACGCGACCACGAACGGGCACUCCAAGCCGAGUGAUACUCACCCGUUGCUUUCUCAUUCACCCGUGCUGCCCACAGCAAAUGGAAGCAGCAACGGAACCGUCAGCAUCGCGGAAGGCAUGCCAACCCGCCCAAGCCUGCAACGUGUGCUCGAGGGGAGCUUUGGCGCGGACGGAAUCGGAGAUGCGGGUCUACGGGUUGGGAGGUCCAGGAGGAACACAGUUAGUGAAUGGGACGAGGAGUCGAUCGCGUCUGAGCUUGGAUUGGGGAGGAGUCAUACACCGAGCGAGCAGGAGGAGACAAAACAAGUUGUGGACUGCGUCGAGGUUAUCGUGCAUGAAAUCAGACCGACAGACUCUCUCGCCGGCGUCGCUCUCAAGUAUAACGUCCCACUUGCGACCCUCCGCCGAACAAACAAGCUCUGGGCAUCCGAUUCGAUCCACCUUCGCUCCACACUAUACAUCCCCAUCUCGAAGAAACCUUCUCGCCCUCCACUUCCGCACUCCAUCACUGUUCCUACACUCACGACUUCUCUGACCCUAUUGGCGAUUAACGAGGAUCAGCUCCCUACCGCGGUCCCGCCGUCGGUCAAUAGUGUUCAGGAGCCGCGCCCUAAUAAGAAGUGCAGGAAGAGUGCUGAGGAAGAAGAACGGAAAGUUGUCUCAGCGGACGAGUUGUCCUUCUUCCCUGCUCCUAAAUCGAGCAGCGCACUUCUCCCCUCGACCGCUUCCCCGCCACACAAACACAAGCGGACGAGUACGCUCAGUGCGAUCCCCACUCCGUCGCUCACGACCUCAACCUCACCCUCCGGCUCUCCGAGACCUCAUACACUGUUGGACAUCUUCCGCUCACUACCGGACGUCUCUAACAUCGGGCGGCGGUCGCUUGAUAGUUUAAGUUUGGGAAGCGCGAGGGAGGACGAAGCGGAGCCGACUGUCGAGCUGGAGAUGGUUGACCAGUGGGGGAGGAGAGCGAACGAGCAGAUGAGACCGACCAAUGGAAUGGUUAUACAGCGAGGUGGGGCAAGAGGAGAGCAAGCGAUGGAUGAGGAUGAGGACUGGGAAUAGGUUCAGAUGAGAGCAACAGGGGAACGAGGCAGAUAUGAGAGUGAGAUUG